UCGUUCGUGUCACAUUUAGCGCAGCUCCACUGUCCCCCUGGAAGGGAAUUGCAACCCCCGAAUGGAGUGCAAUCUCCAGACUGGAAACGAGCUGCAGACUAGAAGUAUCACACGGACAACAACGACGGAGGGAUACACAUUAAUGCGGAGGAGUGCUGCUGCAGUAGCCUGGCUAAUCCUGCAGGUCCUGGGACCAGGACAGUGUUCCAGCAGGCGCCAAAGGCAGCGCUCGCAACGUGGCCGUCUCCGGUCGAUUUUCUGGUGGCGAUUAAGCCAACAAUCAACAAGAAAAGCCAGAAAACCAGCCGAAGGAAGCGAGGAAAUAAGAGAAAAUCCUUUUAGUUGCCUGGAUGCGUAGCAAGCUUCGCUGGAAUUUACAAGUUUUCCAUACGUUUUUUCGAAAGAGCUAAACAACUCACACAAAAAAACAAUUGACAAAAGCUAAAACAACAAAAAGAACAACAACAACAGUACCUAAAAUCCACUAGAUCAAUUCAAGAUGGCCGAGUUCAAGCCUCCGACUUCCUGGCCCCAUCGCAUGGCAAGCUUUCAGUGCCGACAGAUGGAUCUUAAUCGCCUGGUAAUGAACUACCUGGUCUCAGAGGGCUAUCAGGAGGCCGCCAAGCGUUUCAUGGCCGAGGCAAAUGUAGAGCCGGGCCCCCAUAUGGACACCAUUGUGGAUCGAAUGCGUAUCCAGGAGGCUGUGCGUGUGGGUCAAGUGAAGUAUGCCAUGGACCUGGCCAGCCGCAUUUAUCCUUGCAUCUUUGAGACGGAGAAUUACGUGUACUUUCACAUGCAGCAGUUGCGUCUAAUCGAAAUGAUUAGGGAUCAAAAGGCGACUAAGGCCCUGAACUUUGCCCAGAGUCCGUCCUCCGGCUUCGCACAGGUAGAUCCAGAGCGUAAGAAGGAGGUGGAGCGGACUAUGGGUCUGCUGGCCUUUGAUCGGCCUGAGAACAGUCCCUUUGGCGAGCUUAUGUUGUACUCCUACCGACAGAAAGUCGCAGGUGAGAUAAACUCUGCCAUGCUAAGGUGCCAUCAGACGGCCAGCAGGGGCAAGGAUCAUGGUCCCAUGGAGCCUCGGAUGAUUUUCCUCAUCAAACUGAUUUUGUGGGCCCAGGCCAAGUUGGAGAAGGAGGGCUGCACUGACUUCCAAAAGCUGGAUCUGCAGCAUGCUGACUUUGAGGAAGAGUUCCGCCGGAACUUUCAGGGUUGGUAAAUAAACGGAGAGAAACUUAUGAUUGUCUAACGAUCGAACGAAUGGCGUCUACUGCGAUUUUUAAGGAGUAAAUGUAUUUUUUUUUUAGCAAAUACAACUUGA